AUGGCUGCUUAUGAAAAACCCUCUGACUUUUUGCUGAGCUCCCCAACUCUCGAGGAAUUUGGCUUUCCAGCUGCCUCGCCCGAACAAGAAAGUCCAAAGGAGCCCAAAGACAAACAGAAGUCCUUUGAUUUCAAUGGAUUGAGUUUCGAAGAUAUAGAUGCUUGGUUCAAGGAAAGCAGUGGGUUGACCCCAGCCGACGCUCCAGUCCAGGCAGAUGAGGUAGUACGUCAAACUCCAAACGUAGUUAGGCACGCCACUGACACUUCACAGCAGAUCCAAGACAAAUCCAUGCCCAUAUACCCAAAGCUCAUAUCAUCCUCAAACUACGACUUCAACUUGGGAUAUCCACUCGCUCAGGAAGCUCCGACUUGUAAUCUCGUUCCAGACCAAGGCACGUACGACCCCUUCACCGACUUCAGCGUACCUCAAAACACUCCAUACCCUAUCUCACCACCCAAUCCCUUCCUUGAGUUUCCAAAGCCUUUUGCCCUCCCCUCUGAGCAAUUGUGGAGCUCAUCAUCCAACAGCCUUUUCCAGAACAACUUCGGAAACAUCACGCCGGCAAACAGGGUCCCCUCCUCUCUCGAUAACCCGUACUACAACUUCCCCUCCAAUCCCGACCUAGUCUCCUUUCCGACCGCUGGCGCGUACCCAAACCCUCAAGACUACUCCCUCUGCUCAUACCCAGCGUCCGGCACCAAGAGAGCCCAGACAGGCCAUCCAGACGCUCAGCCCCUCUCGAAGAAAGCGCGUCGGGCGACCAUUAAGAAUUACCUCGCUCGCCAGGAACAGCAGAGCUACGCACCGGUACCCGCAAUGGACAACGUGAACAGCUACGAUCAGUACAUUCCAACCGGAGUUGUCACCGUUCCCCCAGUCUCCGAAGCGGACCCCUACGCCGUCGCUAUGAAGAUGAAGCAAAUGAAAAAGGAAAGACAAGCUUGGUUGAAAUUCCAGGAGGCAUCCGAGGGGCCCGAGGAGCAUUUCAAUGGCGACCGCAAGAGGAAGACUUCAGGACCGAAGAUUCAGGCUCGCAGACACAAACAUCCCGGACGCAAGAUUACGGUGCCUCAGACUGCGGACGUCAUCAAGAGGAAUGAGACGAGGAGGUUGAGAUACUAUAAUUCUCUAACUCCGGAGAGACAAAGGGAGUACAUGCGAACGCAUCCAGGCGUGAUCAAGGUCUCGGAGGCGGACGUGAAGUAUCGCUAG